CUUUGUGAAAGUUAAAAUUUUCAAAUCAAAUUUUAUAACCAUUAAAUUAUUAAUUCCAAACAUAAAACUAUGGUUGAUAUUCAUCAAUAUUAUAGUCAUGCACUUAAAAUUGUUUUGGAGGCAGGCGAAAUAUUGUUAAAAGGUUUUAAAAGCCCUAAAGAAAUAUCAACUAAAAAAAAUGAAAAGGAUUUUGUAACACAAUAUGACAAACUUAUUGAAAAAACAAUAAUUGACAACAUACUUCAACUAUACCCAGAUCAUAAAUUUAUUGCAGAAGAAAGUGCUGCAAAUAUAAUUUUAACCAAAGAGCCUACGUGGAUAAUUGAUCCAAUUGAUGGAACAACUAAUUUUAUACAAGGAUUUCCAUUUUGUUGUAUUUCAUUAGCAUUGGCAGUAGAAAAUGAAAUAAAAAUAGGAAUAGUUUUUAAUCCGAUAAUAAAUCAAUUAUUUACUGCUCAAAAAGGGGAAGGUGCAUAUUUGAAUAAUGAAAAAAUACAAGUGUCAUGCACUGAAGAUCUUAAUAAAGCUAUGCUUGUUGAAGGAAUAUUUACUAAAAUUAGUUUGAAGAAUUUACGUGGAUCAAGAGUUUUAGGGUCAGCAGCAAUAAGUUUAUGCUAUUUGGCAAUGGGAGCAGCAGAUAUAUGUUAUGUUAAAUAUUUAAAAUGUUGGGAUGUAGCAGCAGGAAUUCUGAUUAUCCAAGAAGCUGGAGGCAUUGUACUUGAUUCAACAGGAGGUGAAUAUAAGGAUAUAAUGAAUGCUGAUAUCCUUGCUGCUUGUACCAGAAAACUAGCCAAUAAUUUUUUGAAAUUAAAAAAUGAUAAUUUUUAAUAAAUAAUUUCAAUCUCAAUUUCAAUGAAGUAAUAAAAUACAGAAUAUUCAUUAUUAUUUGAGAUGUAACAUUAAAACCCUCUACUUUAAAGGUAAUUUAAAUAGCUUUAAAUAAUAAGUGAAAACCAUUAAAAUUAUGUGAAAUGUAAUCCAUUACCAAAUCAAUAUGAACAAUAUUUAAAUGAAAAACUGUA